AUGGUGUUAGCCGAACUUGGUCGUAAAAUUACCUCUGCUCUAAGAGGCCUUGGAAAUGCUACGAUAAUUAACGAGGAUGUUCUUAAUGGCCUUCUUAAAGAAAUCUGCACUGCUCUCAUUGAGUCGGAUGUGAAUAUUAAACUUGUCAAGCAGUUGCGAGAAAAUGUUAGAUCCAUGAUCAAUUUUGACGAGCUUGCCGCUGGAGUUAAUAAAAGGAAACUCAUAGAAAGCGCUGUGUUCAAUGAAUUGGUUCGAAUAGUUGAUCCUCAGGUGAAAGCAUGGCAACCAACAAAAGGAAAAGGCAACGUAAUUAUGUUGGUUGGAUUGCAAGGUAGUGGCAAAACUACCACUGCUACAAAACUCGCAUACCACUAUCAGAAAAAGGGGUGGAAAACAUGUUUGAUAUGCGCCGAUACCUAUCGUGCAGGUGCAUUCGACCAAUUAAAGCAAAAUGCCACAAAAGCCCGGAUACCCUACUACGGCUCCUACACCGAACCAGAUCCUGCUGUAAUCGCCAAGGAUGGUGUCAAAAGAUUUAAUCAGGAAAGAUUUGAAAUAAUUAUUGUGGACACUAGCGGUCGACAUAAGCAAGAGGAGGCUUUGUUUGAAGAAAUGCUUCAGGUGUCAAAUGCUAUUAACCCAGACCAUGUCAUUUAUGUCAUGGACGCUUCAAUUGGUCAGGCUUGUGAGGCACAGGCCAGCGCUUUCAAGUCGAUGGUAGACGUCGCUUCCGUAAUUGUGACGAAACUUGACGGCCACGCUAAAGGUGGUGGUGCUCUAAGUGCUGUCGCUGCCACCCAUAGCCCAAUCAUCUUUAUUGGUACCGGUGAGCACAUUGAGGAUUUCGAACCGUUCCGGGUGCACCCCUUCGUUAAAAAACUACUUGGACUUGGUGACCUCGAGGAUCUAUUUGAAAAGGUGAAAGACAUGAAAUUCGAUGAGAACGAAGAGUUGAUAAAGAAGCUGAAACAAGGUGUUUUCACCCUGCGUAGCAUGUAUGAGCAAUUCCAGAACAUACUCAAAAUUGGCCCUCUCUCCGCGGUACUUUCAUCCAUUCCUGGCCUCGGGCAAGAACUCUUCACUAACGAUCGGGAGAGCCAUCGUCGACUGAAACGUCUCAUGACAAUAAUGGAUAGUAUGAACGACUACGAGCUUGACUCCGACGAUGGCUCUCGCCUGUUCAACCGCCAGCCAGGUCGGAUACAGCGCGUGGCGCGGGGCGCAGGCGUGAGCCAGGGCGAGGUCAAGCAGCUUCUCGUCCAGCACACGAAGUUCGCUCAGGUGGUGAAGAAGAUGGGUGGCAUUAACGGCCUUUUCCAGCAGAUGCCCAACGCCUCAUCCGGUGGAAGCGGUGGCUCCGGCGGACAGCAGCCGAGCCUCUCCGAAAUGGCCGCUGCUGCGCGCUCCGUGAAUUCGGGCAAAAUGGCCAAACUGCAGGCCUCCAUGGCGCGCGCAAUGGAUCCUCGUGUGCUCCACCAAAUGGGCGGCGCAGCCGGCCUCCAGAGCGUCCUCCGACAGCUUCAGUCCGGCAACUUCGGCGGACUGGGCUCAGGGGGACCAUUCGGAUAG